AUGCCCAUCAUACAGUCAUGUUGCUGCUGGCGGAGCCUUCGUCGAGGAUGUUACGCCGCUGCUCUUUAUACGAUGGUCUACUUCUCGGUUACCAUAGUGACAAUGGGUCAUUUUAUCGAAGUAGAGCAGCGGUAUCUGAACGGAGACAUGGUCGAGCCGGAGUCAGAGAGCUUCCUCGAACCGGAAAAGAUUACACCCAUAACUGUUUCGCUGAACAUCACUCUGCUGGCUUGCAGUACACUGGGACUUAUAGCGUGCGUCCUACUGAUAUUCGGCGUACAUAAGGAUAUAAAAUUCAUGCUGCUGCCGUGGGUAUUCGCUAUGGGACUGGAGACUCUAGUCGAAGUUAUCAAUCUUGUCUACCUGUUCUACCUGCAAACGCUCAACUUCAAUCCAAUCACGUCGUUUUUGUUCACCCUCGACUUUUUCAUCAUUGUUCUGAACAUUUACGCCAUGGUGUGUGUGAUCUCCCAGUUUCAAGAAUACCUCGAGGGAAGAGGUACAGCUGCAUUUGACUACUCCGACAGGCAGCUAGCAGCGGUGCAAUAUACUGCCACAGCCCAACAUACCACAACCACCAGCUCAGCUCCGAGUGGCCGUCGUCGCUCGGCGCCACGACCUCUACCAAGUCGAUGUGAUCCUGAAGAUUUUUCUGAAGCACCCACCAGAGUCGUAGCCGCAUCCGUUUUGUCAAAACCGAGCCGAUCUGCGGUCAAGAAGCACGUGCAGUUCCCUGAUGAGCAGAGUUGCAUCGAAGAAGCGUCAGAAGUGCCCGCCGAGGAAAAAUCAGACCGGCGCGUGAUCAGCUCUUUGUGGAUGGAGCUGGAGUCUGAAACGCCUGCACCGGAGCGCUGA